AGCCUACUGACACAGAGCGUGAGCCGGCGUGCGUUUUUCCCCAACAUGGCGGCCGUACGCUCCCUGGCAAAGCUAUGCUUGGAGGGGCUGCAAUGCACGGAGGGGCUGGGAAAGGACACCGAAUGGAAGGGGGCAAUUUGAGUUGUGGAAGACUGGGCGCUGCUGUGUGGGCGCUGCUGUGUGGGCGCUGCUGCAGCGAGUGUUUCCCAGCGGCACUAGGGCAGGAACAUUCAGCCUGUGAGUCCGGCCGUAGAAAGAACUUACUGACUCUUAUAUUCGAGUCACAGUGUUCGCACCUGCUGGAAGUGCCCGGCGCUGGCACCGCGGUAUAAGUCUUAUGCGUACCGCCGUGAUCGCCACUUCUUCUUUCCAAUCAAUAAUAUCACGUCAGGCUUUUUGGCGCUAUAUUGCCCAUUUUAGCGGCACAGUGGCUUUUAGCCGCAGUAUCCUGCCCAAGGCCGCCGUGGUAUGCUGGGACAUGUAGUUCGCUAACAACUGGAGGGCCACUGGUUGCCGAUGUCCCGCUGCACUUAUCGUUCCGGCCGCUAGGUGCCGCUCAGCUCUCGGGUUGGAGGUGCCGGGCAAGCUGGCAGAAGAUGGCGGUGCGGAAGAAGGACGGCGGCCCGAAUGUGAAAUUUUACGAGGCAUCCGACACUGUCGCACAGUUCGACAACGUGCGGCUAUGGCUGGGCAAGAAUUAUAAGAAGUAUAUCCAAGCAGAACCCCCUACCAACAAGUCCCUGUCCAGCCUGGUGGUACAGCUGCUGCAGUUCCAAGAAGAGGUGUUUGGGAAACAUGUCAGCAAUGCUCCUCUCACUAAACUUCCGAUGAAAUGCUUCUUGGACUUCAAAGUGAGUGGAGCUCUCUCUCACAUCCUUGCUGCUGCCUAUAAAUUCAAGAGUGACCAGGGAUGGCGAAGGUUUGAUUUUCAGAAUCCUUCACGUAUGGAUCGGAAUGUGGAAAUGUUCAUGACCAUUGAGAAGUCUCUGGUACAGAACAAUUGCCUGUCUAGGCCUAACAUAUACCUUCACCCGGACAUAGACUCAAAACUACAGAGUAAGCUGAAAGACAUUGUAAAACGACAUCAGGGCACUGUAACAGAAGACAAGAGUCAUGCAUCUCACAUCGUUGUUCCUGUUCCUAGCAAUUUAGAAGAUGAGGAGUGGGUGCGACCUAUUCUUAAGAGGGAUAAACAGGUUCUUCUGCACUGGGGUUAUUAUCCUGACAGUUAUGACACGUGGGUUCCUGCAAGUGAGGUUGAAGCUUCAGUGGAAGAUGCUCCCACAGUAGAAAAACCACGCAAGGUCCAUGCCAAAUGGAUUCUGGACACAGACUCAUUCAAUGAGUGGAUGAAUGAAGAGGACUAUGAGCUAACUGAUGAGAAGAAUCCUGUUGCACGGCGUAAGAAAAUCUCAGCCAAGACCCUUACUGACGAGGUAAGUAGCCCUGACUCAGACCGCAGAGACAAGAAGGGACCUAACUACAAGAAGAGGAAACGCUCACCCUCUCCUCCUCCCAGCGCUGAAGCAAAGAAAAAGACUGUCAAAAAGGGCCCUUCUACCCCAUAUACCAAAUCAAAGAGGGGUCAUCGAGAGGAGGAACAGGAGGACCUUACCAAGGAUAUGGAUGAACCUUCCCCAGUUCCUAAUGUGGAAGAAGUUACUCUCCCUAAAACAGUGAACACUAAGAAGGACUCUGAAUCUGCACCAAUAAAAGGAGGGACUGUGACAGACCUGGAUGAACAGGAGGAUGAAAGCAUGGAUGCAGUGACCAAGGAAGAAGAUGAGACCUCAUCUGGGAUUAAAGGCGAGCAAAUGAAAACAUCCGAUCUUCAUGAGGACAAUGUGACUGAACAAACACACCAUAUCAUCAUUCCUAGCUAUGCUGCUUGGUUUGACUAUAACAGUGUGCAUGCUAUUGAACGUCGGGCAUUACCAGAGUUCUUCAAUGGCAAGAACAAGUCCAAAACACCAGAGAUAUACCUUGCCUAUAGAAACUUCAUGAUUGACACCUAUAGACUAAACCCUCAGGAAUACCUUACUUCUACAGCAUGUCGUCGCAACUUGGCAGGGGAUGUCUGUGCUAUCAUGAGGGUUCAUGCCUUCCUAGAACAGUGGGGGCUCAUUAACUACCAAGUGGAUGCUGAGAGUCGUCCUACUCCAAUGGGCCCUCCUCCAACAUCACAUUUCCAUGUCUUAGCUGAUACUCCAUCAGGACUGGUUCCACUGCAGCCUAAAACACCACAGCAGAGCUCUGCUUCACAACAGAUGCUCAAUUUCCCUGAUAAAAGUAAGGAUAAACCAAGUGACCUUCAGAAUUUCGGCUUACGGACAGAUAUGUAUAGUAAGAAGAACACAACAUCCAAGAGUAAGGCUGCUGCCAGUGCAACACGCGAAUGGACUGAGCAGGAGACGCUGUUGCUACUUGAGGCUCUGGAAAUGUAUAAAGAUGAUUGGAACAAAGUAUCUGAGCAUGUGGGGAGCCGCACACAGGACGAGUGUAUCCUGCAUUUCUUACGACUUCCCAUUGAGGAUCCAUAUCUAGAGGACUCUGAGGCCUCUCUGGGACCACUGGCCUAUCAGCCCAUACCCUUUAGCCAAUCGGGGAAUCCUGUGAUGAGCACAGUAGCCUUCCUUGCAUCUGUAGUAGAUCCUCGGGUAGCAUCAGCUGCAGCAAAAUCAGCUUUGGAUGAAUUUUCCAAGAUGAAGGAGGAGGUUCCCACAGCACUGGUGGAAGCUCAUGUCAGAAAGGUCGAGGAUGCAGCCAGAAUCACUGGAAAAGCUGAUCCUAGUUAUGGCCUUGAGAGCAGUGGUAUUGCUGGAACAGCUUGCGAAGACAACGAGAGGAUAGAUUGUCCCAAAAGGAGCACCCCUGAAAUCCAUGAAGAGAGCAGUUCAGAUGAGCCCCAGACAGAUGCGCAGCCUACAGAAGACAAGAAAGAGCCAAAGGAUUCACCCAGUGAAACACUCCCUGAAGAAGAGGGUAAGGAGAAAAUCAGUGAAGUAGCCAAGAAGGAGGAAGAAAAAAGCAAAGAUGGAGAUACUGAUAAAGAAUCAGAGAAAAGUGAUAUUGACAUGGCUGAUGGGGAGAAGGUUUCUGACACCAAGGAAGGAGUUGAGGAGAUAGAAAAGGAAGAGGGUGGUGGAAAGAACAAGGUUGAAAGAGACAUUGGAGAAGGCAACCUUUCUACGGCUGCUGCGGCGGCUCUGGCUGCUGCUGCUGUAAAGGCCAAACAUUUGGCAGCAGUGGAAGAGAGGAAGAUAAAAUCACUUGUUGCACUUCUGGUGGAAACUCAGAUGAAGAAGCUAGAAAUCAAACUGAGACAUUUUGAAGAGUUAGAGACCAUCAUGGACCGAGAAAGGGAGGCGCUGGAAUAUCAGAGACAGCAGCUUCUAGCUGAUAGGCAGAACUUUCACAUGGAGCAACUAAAAUAUGCUGAGAUACGAGCCCGUCAACAGCACUUUCAGCAGAUCCAAAACCAACAUCAGCAGCAGCAGCAGACCACUUCCAGCAGCCAACCUGUGCCACCCACUGGCCAUUCAGUUUCUGGAUCACAGUCAUCACUGAUUCAAGCCCCUGUGAGCUCAGCCAGCAAUGCUGAAAGUCUUGGUCAGCCGUCAGCACCAUCUACACAGCCGCCUGUCAGUAGUCAGCAACAGCAAGGAGGAACACAGCCCAGUCCAGCACACCCUUCUGGAACAUUUACAAGCCAACAGUCAUCUACCCCAUUGGUUCCAUCAGCAGUAUCGGUUCCUGCCCAGCCACCGGUGCCCGGUAAUCAGCAUCCCAGCAUGCACUUGCCUGUCCAGUAUAAUCUGGCUAGUGAAUUAGUUGACUCUGUUCAUCAUAAUCCAUCAACUAACCUGUAUACUCCUCACCAUCCCAUGCAUGGCACAUUUCCCCCUGCAGCAUGUCGGGUCGGUGGGGGCCCCCUUACCCCACAUAACCCUUCCAUUAUGGUAUCCUCAGCUUCUAACUUGCCGUCCAACCUUGGUUCAGCUGCCACACACAGUCCAGCCAUCGUAGCCGCAAUGCAGGGCGGGGUUGCCCUCACUACCAGUCCUGUGCCAGACCCUGCAACACCUCUGCCUCCAGACUCCAUUGGAAACACAGUAGCCCAGCCCCAGCCGUAGUGCGAUUGUCUGAAAUUUUGGGAUAAAGAACAGAAGGGCGAAAGAGUUCUUCCAUACUUCUACUUGUGUUCAGUUCUGACGUUUGUCGCCAAUACCUUCCAAACUCCUUGAGCCACAAAAACCCCAACUCCCCAGAGAAAGUGUCCCCCAUUUGCCUCAUUUCCUUUGUUAGUUUGGUUAAUGCUCACUGAUCUACACCAUGAGGUUUCUCAUCUAAGGCAUAAGUAGAGAAUUGUGAAAUUGUUAAUGGAAAAAAGCAACAUUUUGGUAUGAAGGUUACAACAACAACAAAGAAAAGUAACUUUUCCUCAAGUGGGUCAGAAGUUCACUGGGGGACAUUUACCUGCAAUGGUCCCAUCCAACAUUCCGCAUGUUGGACAGAUUUAUCUGAUGUCCAACUUUUUUGGGCCAGAUUAUUUGAAAUUGAUGCCAUACAAACCAGAUUGCAGGCCAUCAGGCUGGCUGGGGCUAUAACAGUGCAUUGGAGGUUGGCAUCUGGAUAGUGGACCUCCAUUGGGCAGACCUUAUCUAUGUAUUUUGCCUGGACAGUGGAAUGGAUGGAGUCAUUGAUGUCACAGGAAUGGGAAUGACAUGUUUUGUGUGACUGUUCUUAGGAAGCAGCAAGGCUAUUAUACAGUAACUUGUGAGCUACUGUCACCACUUUGGAAGAACCACAACCCAGAACGUAGUGCUUAUUUGCUUGCUGUCUCACGUUGACCAAUAACUGACAGUAAUGCACUGCCUUUGGCAUAAGAAAAGUAUAUUUGUAUUCCAUUUCUUUUCUCCAAUUUUAAUACAUAUUCUGCUUUUAAAUGAAUCAGUUAUAAACAGCCUGUAUUCAUUACUUCGAAGCUUCCCCCUCUGAUGGCAACAUUUAGCCAAUAACGGUCUGAAAGGCAAAAUCCCCAAUUGCUUAUAUAGCUGGGAGGGAAUUGCCAGCACCUACAGCCAAACUGCUACCCAUUAUACAGAGUGUGGUCCCUUUUUACUGGAGUUAUUGUAUAUCUGGCUCUCUCAUGUCUCUGUCCCAGUGCUUUGUAUUGUUAAGGAGUUGUGAUUCUGUAAGAAGGCACUGAGAGGUAUCGGCCUGAGGGAGCUAUUUGUGUCUGGCAGAUACCAUUAUCCCUGGGGCAAGGGGGGGAUGUCCUGCAAUACAGUGCACUAUUAGUAAAAUAUUUUAGCUUUUAACUAUAUAAACAUUUGUUUUUUAAUUUUGAAUCAUAUUUUAAAUAUUUUGACCAGGAAAAGGAGACCAGAGGUCUGGAGUGCACUUUAUAGAGACACGGGUGGGUGCUGAAAUCCAUUAACAUUCAUGAUUUUAUCUGUUAGUGGAGUGAGUGCUACCUUUCCCUUUCCUCUUGGAUUAGACUGCUUAACCUACUGGUUUUGGAAUGGUGAGAUCUGUGUCCUUCCAAAUACUGGACGUGGCUUCCGCCAUGAUGAUGUGCUCACUCUGUUCAUGUUACCUGUACCUUAUCCUGUGUCUGUGCAGCUUACAAACCACCCCCCCUCCCCGGACACGGGGCAUUAAAAUCUUAAAAUGUACAUUGCCUUUCCUAGACUGUAAAAGUUUGUGCUCUUUUGCUUGUGGGAUGGAAACCUGUUUGUUCUUUAUCUACAUCACUGUGUCUAUGUAUUUAUUUUGUGUCAUGUGACUUGCUCCUAGAAAGUGUGGGGGGAGGGGGGAAGAGUUUUAUGGACAAAGGUCAGUUCCCCUCAGAAUAUGUUCUGGUAAGCUAUGUUAUGACAUUUGUGACAAAUUCUUGUUAAAGAGAGUAAACACCUCUAAACUGAA